AUGCCGGUGCGGACCCGCCGCAGCCGCGGGAGCAGAGCACCCUCUCCUGGGGCCUGCGGGAAGGAUAUCCCCCCUUCUCCCCCCACCCACCCGGCCGUGAGAGUGCUGAGGGGCUGGGACAGCAUCGGUGGUCGCAGCACCCCCGCCCCGGCGGGGAGCACCGGGGGAGCCCCCCCCCCCCCCAUCUCUGAAGGUCACGUCGGGGCGGCCGCCGCCCGUCAGCGCCGCACCGGGUUCUGGGGCAAGCCGCCGCCGCCACCGCCGCCGGCCGGUAGUCGCCCCCCGGGCUCCCCGCGCCGGGUGGUGGUGCAGGCGUCCACCGGCGAGCUGCUGCGCUGCUUGGGGGACUUCGUGUGCCGCCGCUGCUACCGGCUGAAGGAGCUGAGCCCCGGCGAGCUCAUCUCCUGGUUCCGCAGCGUGGACCGCUCGCUGCUGCUGCAGGGCUGGCAGGACCAGGGCUUCAUCACCCCGGCCAACCUGGUCUUCGUCUACCUGCUGUGCCGGGAAGCGCUGCGGGGAGAAGACAUCGGGAGCCAGGCCGAGCUGCAGGCCGCCUUCCUCACCUGCCUCUAUCUCGCCUACUCCUACAUGGGCAACGAGAUCUCCUACCCGCUCAAGCCCUUCCUGGUGGAGGGCGACAAGGGGCGCUUCUGGGAGCGCUGCCUGGGCAUCAUCCAGCGCCUCAGCGCCAAGAUGCUGCGAAUCAACGCGGACCCGCACUACUUCACGCAACUCUUCCAGGACCUCAAGAGCGAGGGCGAGGGCGGAGACGGGUCCAAGCACUGGACGAUCAGCCUGGAUCGCUAGGGAGGUACCGAGACCCCCCCCCGGCGCCGGGGGCGGAAGGGGCCGCGCACCGAGGGGCGGGGGAGGCGAAGGACUGCCUGAUCCCCCCCACCCCGCUCCCCCCGCAUCCUCCUCGCCUUCUCCCCUCCACGGAGACGCUGCCUGGACCCUCCAUGCUCCGGAUCCGGCCGCUCUCCCCCUUCCCCUUCCGACCCCAGCUGGGGGCUGCGCUCCGGGACACCGAGACGGCGGAGAAGACCAGGGCGGGUGGGGUGGGGGGGUGCGUGUGUGUGGUGUGUCCCCUCCCUCCACCCCCAACCCCCCCGCGC